UUUUCGCAUUAUGGCAGCAUCGCGCGAAGGACGCCUUAGGUCCCGAGAUAUGUCGAGGAAUGAUGGGGCCAUGGACUCGCCGUCCUCAUCACCUGACACGAUGAGUCGGCGCCCUGGGCGCCGACGGUCGCUGGCGUCACCAGUGGGUCCGCCGCUACUCGAUGCCGAAGAUACUCCCGCGGUACGUCGAGGUGGCAGUUCAGUGCCGGUGCUGUCCCUGUCGAAACGUCCGACUUUAUCCUGGAUCAUCGGAGGAUGGGUCAUGGAUCUGUCCAUGUACGCUCCCGCGGAUGCCCCUCCUCCGGUCCACAUGGAGAACCGAUCGCACUGGCCGCGCGCGUUCCUCGACUACGACGAUCCGUCCAUCAUGGACGACGCCGUGUUGGCCCAUCGAGGGGACGCCAUUGUCGACCUCGUGCGUGCCGAAUGCGCUGCUCGGAUGUUGCGUCUACCUGACAAAUCGCAUCAGGACGACAUCGUGCGCAAAACGUUCGACGGCGGCCGGUGUCUGUACGUCGUGCAUGCAUCGAUGGACAUUCCGUCCUCGUUCGACGACGUCGUGUCUAUAUUGACCCACCGAUCGUUCUUUGGGCACGUGUUUGGCCAUCAGUUGCUCGCCGCGACAGAACUCCGGCGAGGAACCGCCGCCAAAGCUGCGACGCCGCCGUCCCCAUCCACCACUACCACCACCCUAGUGCAGCGACUGCAUCUACAUGUUCCUCGGGGGUACAAACGCCAACAAGCGAUGAACGUUACGUUUCUUGACCACGUGCACGACAGCAGCCACGCCCCUCCGUCCGCCGCUGCCACGCCCACUUGGACCCGAGUGUUCAAGUCCAUCGACCGCCAGCUCGCCCCUUGUUCUUCUUCUUCGACGCCAUCCCUUGCCACGGCUACGUCUGCCUCAUCCACUCGCAUGACGCACGUUCUUGGGGGGUUACACGUCGAAUCCCUCUCAGCAUCGCGCUGCCGCCUGUCGUUCUACGGCGAUUCGUGUGUGCCGUCUGUCCUCGCCGUGAAAAUGGACGGCGCCCAUGCCUUCUUGGACGCAUUUGGGCAGUCCGUGGCACUCGUCCACAGAAUGCUACGGCGCCGGCGCAAAAGUCAUCGCCACCACCUCCACUUCCUCCACCCGCCCACGUACCCCUCCUCUCCCGCGUCGGACGACACGGAAUGGGAUGCCGCCGACCUCCUUCGCCAGCACAACCUUCGAUCGUCCCCCCCCCAUGCUCGUCCCCCGACUACUUCUGCCGCCACGACCACAGACGCCAUAGACACAUCGAGAUGCCGGGUCUGCGCCGUGCGCUUCCACUACUUUCGAGGGGUCCACAACUGUGCGACGUGCCUGGCGUCGUUUUGCGCUGGCUGCCUGCGUCGCCACACCCUACUCUGUCACACCCCGUCGCUGUCGUCACCAGACUCGUCGCCAGCGCCGUCCCCCACCCACCAGUUGCCGACUGAUUUGACAUCGAUGCUAAAGCCUGCUUACUGGCAGCAGUGCGUGGCUGAGCCUCUGCGCCAGUCCCUCUCUGCCAACCACUUUAGUGCACUCCUGGACGAACAAGAAGGCCGACUGCUUCGCCGCCAGUACCGUGCGGCAUCCUUUGACUAAAUCGAACGGAACCGACGUGGAUGUGACAACGUACAGAACAAUGCAAUAUACUAAUGCGACGACGUCCAAGUAGUGAACAAUUGCAAUACACUAAUGUGACAACGUACGGACCAAUGUAAUAAUAUACUAUUGUGACG